AUGUCUCUCGAUACAUCCGUCGUGUCCUCAAUCAAUCCUGUUACGUCAAAGAUUCCUUCGGCUCUUGGUGGUAAGCUAUCAAUAGGAGAAGGAGACCAGUACAUACCUCUUGAAGCAGAUGUGACUUGGGCACAGAAGAACGCGACGGAUGCUACGAAGGAGCGGAACCAUAUGGGGCCGAAAAUAUUGCCACCUGCAUGCCAGAUAGCCGAUCCAAUUAAGAGGAAACCCAUCGUAUCUCGAGCUGGAGAGGAGAAGAGGCUGAGCAGAAAGAUAAGACGAGCAUUGGAAAAGGAACAAAAAACAGCUGACCAACAAGAACUGGUGUCCUCAGAAGUCACGGAAAAUGAACGAGAGUCAAAGCGACUGCUCUCAGAAUAUCCACAAGCAGCCAAAUUCAAUAUAUCGUCCUCGAAGCACAAGUUACCGGAGAAUUCUGACUACAAUCAAUUAAAUCGGAGCAUUCAGCUCGGAACCAGUUCAAACGACUCACCCUGCUCCAUUAUUAUCAUGCCUAUUAUAUCCUCUUCUAUCACAGCUCCUGAACAUACCCAAACCAACCUUCUCGGGUGCUCAACAGACUUAGCGCUGACCCUGCCAUCUCCGGGUGUUGAUACAAGUGACAUUGGGUCUAAACGACGUGGUAGCCACGGAUUAGCAAGUCAUUUCGGCACUUUGAGCAUGGCUGUAGAAUUUCUUGCUGAUAGAAACCGAUGCUAUCAGGAAAGUCAGCGCAUCGGACUAACAAGGGAAUUUAAAGAUCACAUUUGGGAUCCGGGUAUAAACAUGCGACGCACGGUACAAAUGAGUAUCACAUUGGACCUAAAUGCAGGAAAUGCCACAGUGGAAUUAAAGCAAGGCCAAAGGUUGGACAUAAUCUCGAGAACGAAUGAAUCAAUGGCAGUAUCGAUGAAACGGCGAAAUGAUGGGAGCCAUCAUCAAUAUCAUUCCCGUUUUGGAAACAGCUUACCGGCAUCGGAAUUUGCCGAUUACCCUUUUGAUCAUCGCGCAAAGCUUUGCUCCUCUAUUCAUGCAUCUCCUGAACGAAAAUGGGAGGCCUCCGGUGACGGAAAUCCUCUCGGAUUUAAUAUAGGGGUUAGUCCAGGGCAUUCCUCCGCACACUCGGCUAGUCAAGUCCCAAAUCCGUAUUUCAACCUGAUCCUCAAUUUAUCUAGCGGAGAAAUGCCUGCACGCAAUGCCAUUUCCGAAAAUGACGAACCAUGCCCUCCAUAUGUGCAAGGUGUGGGAUAA